AUGUCCGAGUCCACCACCUUUGAGCUUGACGGGUUGCUCGACGACGAGUUCUUGGAGCCGGAGCCGGAGCCCAAGCUGAACCUCUUUGACUUCCCCGAGAGUCUCGAGAAGCGGCGCCCCCCGCGCCGCGCCGCCCCGGUGAAGCUCCCCCAGAGGCCAGUGGCCAGAGCCAGCAAGGCUCGAGAUGUUCAACCGCUCUUGGCUAAUGCCGGGGGCCCCGCGAAGUCACCCCAUCGGAGACCUAGUUCAUCUGAGCCCAGACCCAACCCUUACCAGCCGCAGCUCCCCCAGACGUCCACCAAGUCGGCCAAGUACCAGCCAACGAGCCCGGUGCUGGACAGAAGACGGAGUUACCUCCCAGACAAGGCGCCGCCAAGGGCAACCCCACAGCCAGACAAGGCGCCGCCCCCAAAGGCUGCACUGGUGCCAGAGACCAACGGCGCGCCAGUGUCAACCCCAGUGCAGCCUGAGACCAACGGCGCAAGGGCUGCAGUGGUGCCCCCUUUUGAGACAGGCCCCAGGCCAAGCAAGCUUGAGCCGCAGGUUGAACCAAGCAAUCCUCCGGGGAAGUUUGAGGCGCAAGUCGAGCCAAGCAGUUUUCCGGCACCUCCCAAGUUCCACCCGCAGGUGGACCCAAGUGUUCCUUCCAUCAGGCUGUUGCUGCCGGGACCCCUGGAGCGCCCCCCGCCCAGCUCGGUCGCGCUGUUGCUGCCCCGCGCACUCAAGUACAGGCCCGCGCACUCGUACGAGCUGUUGCCGGAGAAGUUGAACCAGUUCAUGCCCUUGGACGAGCUCAGCCCAAAGUCGGUGAGAAGCAAGACCCAGUUUGAGGUAGACCACGCGAGCGAGGAUGAAUCCCCAGGGUAUGCACCAAGCAACGCUCCUGUAGGAGGUGACCUCCCACCCCCACCGAGUCUACCCCGCGAGGCUCCAUCACGGUACCGCCCAGUGCAGCCACUGGGCCAAGUUGAGUCAGAGGUUGAUGAGCCAAGGCCCUCCAGAUAUCAGCCACUGGGCCAAGUUGAGUCAGAGGUUGACGAGCCCAUUGUUGCAAAGCCCUCCAGGUAUCAGCCUCCCAGAAGCCAGUAUGCGCCGGCCGCCGGUGCGUUCGAGCCUGCUACACCACCACUCCCGGUCCAGCCAGUGUCCAGGUACCACCCUGGCAAGGCCCCGAGAAGUCAAACCGCGCCCGUUGUGACCAAGCUUGAGCCCGUUUUGACCAAGCUUGAGCCUAUUGAGCCCACGCUUUCCAUACCACCGCCAACCAUCAAGUACCGCCCCAAACCUCUUGCCCCCCAAAGGGAGCCCACACUGGGUGAUAGACCCUCGUUCUGCCUGUUUCGAUGGACCACCGAGGGGCGCUAUGUCCUCGCUCGAAGAGCUGUUCAGAUUGAACCCGUCUCGUCCAUCGCCUCCGACUACCACUUGUAUCGGCUGUUCCCCGGCCCAAUCACGCCAAAGACACCCACCAGUGAGCUCCUCGCCUGGUUGGAGCUCAACCCUCCCUCCAUCCUUGUCACCGCGUUGAGGCACCACUUGGAGAAGACAAAGCUAACGGCCACCAUACCAUACACCAGUGGGGGAUGCGAGGGCUCCACGGUGGACCUCGGCGACGCGCAAUUGGCCAUUGCGCAGGCCAGCGGCCAUGACUGGGCCCUCGCCUUGCUUUUAGCCCACUACAUGGGCAACUUCAAAGACGUCGCCAGGCAGUACAUUGACUACCUCAGCCCGGACCCGCUCCCGCAGGCAGUGCUACUCCUAGCAUCGGGACACCCCGUGUUCUCCCCCGACUGGCUCCCGCUCGCCGCCGUGGCCCACCAAGCGGGCGACACCGAGUUCCUCAGAAACUACUCGAGCCAACUCGGCGGCGCGCCUGGAAUCGCGUGCGGCGUGCUCAGCGGCGCCCCCCUUGGCGGCAGCUUCGCCCACGUCGGCACCAGCAUGCUCACGCAGGUGUACAACAGGGGCAAGCCAAACCCCUUGGUAUCACCAUUGUUGCUCCACCACGCGAUGACGCUCGCCGAUUAUGGGCUCAGCCAAGCAGCUCAAAAGUAUAUCGACGUGCUCGCGGCAGGCAAGUACCACCACCAGGAGCUCACCAAACUAAGAGAACGUUUCAAAACCGGCAACAGCUGGCUCGACAAGGUGUGGACCCGGUUGGACAAGUUUAUCGGCGGGGACAUCCCCUCCCCGGCGACCACCAGGGCCAACAGCAUCUGCGCGCCGUACUCGUCCCGGUUGAGCGACUCGCCCCAGCUGGCCAUGUGGCGGCAGUACGAGGUCCACGACGACACCGUCAAGGAGUACGUCCCCCCGGAGGAGAAGAAGGAGUGGAAGUUGUUCAAGAGCGAGAAGAGGCCGAUCCAGGCCAAGUUGGGCUCGUCGGUGAACCACUUCUACUACGACGAAACGCACAAGCGGUGGUUGGACAAGAGGAAGCCGGUGGAGGAGCAGGUGAAGGAGGAGAAGGCGCCGCCGCCACCACGGAAGGCCACCACGCCGGUGGCCACGGGGGUGAAGCGAGGCAAGAGGAGGAACUAUGUCAGUGUGCUCAAGUGA